AUGGAGCGUGUUUGCAUUAGUACUGCAUCUAUCCUUACCUUUGUUUUUUUUCCGUAUUGGGAUCACUCAGGGAAGGUAGGAAACUGGUAUUUUACAGAUUUUUUUAAAUGAUGGCUUAUAUAUGUACGAGUGCGCAAUAUUGAAACAUUUUCGAAGCAAUGUACUCUUCAAUUUGUCCGCUGUUCGAUAAUAUCGAUGUUAUUGAUUUUUGUAGUGCACAAAUGGCUAAGGAGUCGCUGACAAGUUCGUCAAUGUACGAUUCUCAUGAAGUCGGCGGCGACGAAUUGUACGCCGAAGAAAUCGAGACUCACAACAAAGAAUGGAUCGCCUUCGUGAAUGUAAGACACAAAUAUCGAUUGAAGUCCGAAAUUUCCACAUUUCGUCGCAGGAGACGAACAAUUUCACUCCGCAAGACGGUAGUUACAUAUCGCAAAACCACGUGCGAGCGGGCAAAUCGUCGAAAAUGUACCUGUUGGAGAAGGGAUGUGUCGUGAUAGCCAACUACAAGAAAGAAGUGAUCCCGAUCAGAAUUGUGGUGAAUUGCAUGAGAGCAUUGCAAAAAAAGAAAGAAAGAAUGUGUUGUUUUAGUCGUUGAGUCCCGAUGAAAUCCACGGCGAAUUGGUGAGCGGUGUCGGUGGAAAAGCGGUCAAACGGACCGUCGCAUUUAAGGACAUUGUUCUUGAUGGAGCGAUUAUCAACAGUGUUCUGGCGUUCGUUUCGUUUUGUUUUUCAAACAAUUAUUGAUUUUUCGGAUUCUUUACUUGCUGUUAUAGGGGUACCGCACAGAAAUAAUGGCGCUCUGUUGAGAAACUCUUUUUGUAGUGCAAAUUAAGCGACCUCGGGGCCGAGUUUGAAAAGUUAGGCCACGUUUUCAGUGGAAAAUUACUUCGCUGUCUAGAAAUUCGCCCAGAUUGCGAACAGCGCGCCCUUUCUGUCCGGUACCCCUAUAAUACUAUCGGUGCAUUUUUAGUGUAAACGCGUGUAAACGGGUCAGGGAGGGAUGGAAGAGAAAAAUGCACUAGUCCCUCGGCCGCGUCGAUUUACUGGCAUUGAAAUGAUAGUGAAACUCUCUAAACAAAGUCGCAAAAUUCAGCUACUAAUUAUUGAUUUUCAGGGAGCACAAAGGCGUCGUAAACCCAUUUUCGCCCAAAUUCUACAAAGUCGGACUUUUGUUGAAUGCGAAAAACCACAUGGAUACAGCGAUGUGGAACGUGGUCAAAGUCGGUCAGGUGUUGGAGUACGUCAUCCCCGAGUGCCCGAAGUUUGUCGCGAUCGCCGAAGUGCUGAAGAACCAGCGCGGACUGCUGCUCGUCAAAUACGGAGAGGUAAGCGGGCGGAAGAGAGACUCUCAACGAGAAUGUACGCAUUCAGGAAGUUCGAUGGGUGCACAUGUUCGACCAGCACUGUCAGGCGGUCGGAUGGUUGCAAGAUCAGACGACAAAGAAGCAGUGGGCUCCGUUCGCACAUGAUGUAAGCAGAGAGAAAGAGAGAGAGAGAGAGCACAUGUGCAGGAAUUGAUGAUGAAUACUUUUAGAAGAACUACGUCCCCGGAUACUCUUCAGAAUUCCUGAUGGAGAUCGCGAACAGGGUCGUUCCGAAGUUCGUCUUCUGCCGAAACACUUUCCAUAAGCAUCGCCUUCGGGUGAGUUAUUGUAUCCCUAUUGGCCCGCCCAGGCUUUCAAAAGCCUAGACUUUUGCAGUACUUGCAACUGAGCAAUCUUGGAGCCAAGUUUCAAGUCAAUCAGAUUAUCUGGACCCGAGAUGUGUAGAUCAGCGGGUUUCUCGUGGCCAGAUGAUCCGAUCGGUCUGAAACUUGGACACGAAAUACUUCAAACCAAGAAUAAUAGCAAGAGUUUCGAAAUUGUUCCAGACGGGCGACCUUCUCUGCGUUGCCGACCACAAAUCGACAGAGUUCUGGAUUGCGCACGCCGUCGAAACCGAGAACAAGGACGCCUAUCAUUUCCACGUGAGCGUCGGAAAGAAGCUGCUGAAGAACAUGCACAACGGAGCGCUCGUCUUCUUUCACAUCCACCACCCACGCAUCUUCAGCGUCGACUUCAUCGAAGAGGCCGGAAUCGGGGCGAAACUGGUGAGGACGGUCACUCCGCGCAAGAACGAAACGAAACUCGCGGCCUAUCAGAGAGUGCACGCCCGCGCUGGAGUAAGAUCAUUAAUAUUCGGGGAGACACAACGACGCCGCAUCAUUUUUGCAGAGAAUUGUGAACGAUGUGGUCGGCUGUCACGGCAGAUUCACUCUCAAACAAGAAAUGUCGAACCCUGGCGAGCCGAUUCAGUUCGAACCGGCGGAGAACCUCCGAUUCGUCGAGGUACUGCAACCGAUAUUGUUGACUUCACACUUUUUGGCUCCUAUUUUUCAGGUGCUAAGAACGACGUCGGAGGGAGAGCAAAUGUGCGCGGCGGAAGUGACCGGCAUGAGCAAUUUCAUGCUGCGUCUGAGAAUUAACGGAGAGGACCGCGAGGUCUACAUGCACUAUGAGUCAGUUUUACAACCACCAAAAAGAAGCAAAAUGAUUUCGGGUUUUUCAGUGAUCCCAGCAUCUACCACGUCGGAUCUUCGUUGGAUAUGAAACUGGCCGUUCUGUUCGACGAAAAGAACUUUGCGUCGGACGCGACCAAACGGUGUGUCUUUUCUCUUUUCAACGCUCUAUUCAAGACGAUUUAUCUCAGCUGCCACAAAAAAUAUCAAAAAGUUGCCAACAGAUAAAAUAUGUGAAAUAUAUUCCUGAACAAUUUAUCAGUUGACAACUUUUUGAUAUCUCCACAGGCAGCUGAGAUAUAUUGUCAUGAAUGAACGAUGCUACAUUUCUUUUAAAAAAAGGACAUUUCAGGUGCAAGGGACGGGGAAGACAAUACAACGAGCCGUUCUAA